AUGCGGGGUCCCGGCGCGGCCAUGCCGCGCUCUCUCGUGGGCCUAUGCACCUUGGUGUUCGCGCUGUUGGGUGCGCUCGUGCCCGCGGGUGCCAGGGCGCAGCCGUACCACGGCGAAAAGGGCAUCUCGGUGCCGGACCACGGUUUUUGCCAGCUCAUCUCCAUCCCGCUGUGCACGGACAUCGCCUACAACCAGACCAUCCUGCCCAACCUGCUGGGCCACACCAACCAAGAGGACGCAGGCCUCGAGGUGCACCAGUUCUACCCGCUGGUGAAGGUGCAAUGUUCCCCCGAGCUGCGCUUCUUCCUGUGCUCCAUGUACGCACCCGUGUGCACCGUGCUGGAUAAGGCCAUCCCGCCGUGCCGCUCUCUGUGCGAGCGAGCCCGCCAGGGCUGCGAAGCGCUCAUGAACAAGUUCGGCUUCCAGUGGCCAGAGCGACUGCGCUGCGAGAACUUCCCAGUGCACGGUGCCGGCGAGAUCUGCGUGGGCCAGAACACGUCCGAUGGCUCCGGUGGCCCGGGCGGCGGCCCUACCGCCUACCCCACCGCGCCCUACAUGCCGGACCUGCCCUUCACCGCGCUGCCCCCGGGGGCUGCUGACGGCCGGGGCCGUACCGCCUUUCCCUUUUCCUGCCCCCGUCAACUCAAGGUCCCUCCCUACCUGGGCUACCGCUUCCUGGGCGAGCGCGACUGCGGGGCCCCGUGCGAGCCUGGCCGCGCCAACGGCCUCAUGUACUUUAAAGAAGAAGAGAGGCGCUUCGCCCGCCUCUGGGUGGGCGUGUGGUCGGUGCUUUGCUGCGCCUCCACGCUCUUCACUGUUCUCACCUAUCUAGUGGACAUGCGGCGUUUCAGCUACCCCGAGCGGCCCAUCAUCUUCCUGUCGGGCUGCUAUUUCAUGGUAGCGGUGGCGCACGUGGCCGGCUUCCUCUUGGAGGACCGCGCCGUGUGCGUGGAGCGCUUCUCAGAUGACGGCUACCGCACGGUGGCGCAGGGCACCAAGAAGGAGGGCUGCACCAUUCUCUUCAUGGUCCUCUACUUUUUCGGCAUGGCCAGCUCUAUCUGGUGGGUCAUCCUGUCGCUCACUUGGUUCCUGGCUGCCGGCAUGAAGUGGGGUCACGAGGCCAUCGAGGCCAACUCGCAGUACUUCCACCUGGCGGCGUGGGCGGUGCCUGCAGUCAAGACCAUCACCAUCCUGGCCAUGGGCCAGGUGGACGGGGACCUGCUCAGCGGGGUGUGCUACGUGGGCCUGUCCAGCGUGGACGCGCUGCGGGGCUUCGUGCUGGCGCCCCUGUUCGUCUACCUCUUCAUCGGCACGUCCUUCCUGCUGGCCGGCUUCGUGUCGCUCUUCCGCAUCCGCACCAUCAUGAAGCACGACGGCACCAAGACGGAGAAACUGGAGAAGCUCAUGGUCCGCAUCGGCGUCUUCAGCGUGCUCUACACCGUGCCGGCUACCAUCGUCCUGGCCUGUUAUUUCUACGAGCAGGCCUUCCGCGAACAUUGGGAGCGCACCUGGCUCCUACAGACGUGCAAGAGCUAUGCGGUGCCCUGCCCGCCCGGCCAUUUCCCGCCCAUGAGCCCCGACUUCACUGUCUUCAUGAUCAAAUACCUGAUGACCAUGAUCGUGGGCAUCACAACUGGCUUCUGGAUCUGGUCCGGCAAGACCCUGCAGUCUUGGCGCCGCUUCUACCACAGACUCAGCCACAGCAGCAAGGGGGAGACUGCGGUAUGAGCCCCGGCCCUUCCCCCACCCUCCCUUCCUCGGCUCUCGAACCGGGCUCUGGAACCGAGGGAAAGGCGCGGUGGGGAAAGAACUUCUGGGUGGGGGGCUUGUUUCUGUAACCCCCUCCCCCUCCAGUGAGAGGUGACUUGGAAGUGAGAAGACUUAAUGUAGACGUGGGA